UAUAAUUGUUUAGCAAACAUCAAUUUGAAAUGUAAAUAAAGAGUGCGCGCGCGUAUUCCAAUUUCUGUAAUAAAAGAAGUGCAAUUUCAUGUUGUGAUGUUCUAUCGGAAUGAGCCAAUGAUGUCUCUUACAUUUUACACGUCGAUGUUGGGUGGGUGUCACGAGAGCACGGGGACAGUUGGAGACAGUCGAUGGUCGAAGUUGAAAUUCAAUAUUGAUGAGGGUUCCAUUAAAUUUUUUAGAAGAAUGACAAUGGUGUUUGAUAAAAUAAAUUCUUCCAUAUUAAAAGUCAUCGAACCUUACAGAAAAUGGGUAAUAGAAAAUCCAAAGUUGCUGGCAGAUUUGGAAGAAACAAUACAAUGUUUAUCUUACUUCACAGCUGGUUCGCUAAAGAAUGUUUCUUCCUUAACAAAAUAUAAUGUUUACGUUUCGAUAUAUUCUACAAAUUCGUCUUUUCCAGGCCGUUUCAAUAAUUCUACAUUAAUGUCGGAGCUUAUUUACUCUCUGUCAAAUCUGAUAGUACUUUUUAAUGAUUUAUUAAUGUGCAGCGGUAGGCAUUUACAUUUAAAAUUUCCCCAAUUUAGGUCAAAAAUCAAAAUCUGGUUAACCAUUGUUGAAUACACAGAAACUUUGUUUGAGAUCUCUGUUAAGAAACAAUGGGGACAUACUGGUAAAUGGUUUAUAAUUAUUGUGAUACAAAUAUUCAAGGCUGUGCUACGACUUCUGUUAGUACAUGUGUAUAAAGAACGAGUAGUAAAAAGUCCUCCUCUGAAGCCACUUAAUAGAAAUCAAUUGGACGAUUCUGAAGUGGAGAAGAUAAAAGAAGGAUUCACAUUAAAACGAUCUGGUACUUUUGUUAGAAGUAUAAGGGGCACAAAUUCAAUGCAUACACGCACAUGGGAACCUCUAUCUCCUAGUAUUUAUGACAACUUAAACUCCUCCCCUAAAUUAGAAAGAAAUAUAGCUUUUGCAGAGAGUUUAUAUAUUAUGAAACCACUGCUCCAUUUAGGUUGUAUAUCUAUAACUGGUGAGAAACAAUGGCCACCAUGGUUAUUAUCAUUAGCCAUUGAUUUACUUAGUUUACAAAUAUUUAAUAAGGCAAUAAAGGCAGCUAUAUUUAAUAAAGAGGACGAACGGGAAUUACAUAGAAGAAUAUUAGCUGUAUUGCUUUACAUUCUAAGAUCUCCGUUUUACGAUAAAUGUAGUAAACUUAGGAUAUAUGCUUUCCUUACUGCAUUAUCCAAGAAUGUGCCUUUUGCUAGGUUCAUUGCAGAACCGAUAAAAAGAUAUCUUCCGCACUGGCAGAGUACAUACUUUUACGUAUGGUCCAGUUAGUCUGUAAAUCAUUGCAUAUCUUAAAAAUUCGGGAACGGUGGCAUACGAAAUAUUAAAAGGUAAUAGUAAAUAUUCACAGGAAUGUAAUGAUUUGUAUCCAAAGAACUGAUUAAUUCUGAUGGUAAUGUAAAUAGAAGCAUUAAGAAGUUCGUAUUUGUGAAAAUGGAGGUACAAAUGCAGUAAAGGGGAUCCUAUAUAAUUUAAUAUAGUACUGUUUAUGAAUUUAUAAAUUUUUAUAUAUUUUCGUCAUUGGAAAAGUUACAAAUGUUACCUUAACUUGGUAACAGAAACGAUGGAGAUAAGCAUGUAGGAUAUUUUCUUAGCACAUUUUAUAUUUACCACUUACUUCUACUACUCUAGGUUCGAACAUUCAUUUAUAUUUCUCAACAUAAAAUAUUAGGAAUGUACGCCGCAUUUAAUUUUUAUACUGUUAUACUUUCAUAAAGUGUAAAAUUCUUUUUCGAGACCAGAGCAACUUCCAUCGAUUUCUUUCCUUGAAAUAAAAAGCUGUUCAAACAACAUUUUUAUUCACAACACACACACACACACACACACAAAGAGAAAGAGAGAAUUAAAGGAUCAAUAAAUAUGGGAAACAUUAAGAAA